GAUCAUCCCCGAAGGUUCGCCAUCGUAAUCAAAACUAAAACGACUUGGAGAUGGAGAAGGCAACAGCAGAACAGGUGGAUUCCCGCUGAUUCUCACUGUGAACACCAGAGGGAGCAGGUUAGGACAAAAAAAGCAGAAGCCCAUGGCAUCACCAAACAAAGUUAGAGCUGACAAGUUUGUUUGGCUGCCUGUAUUUGCACAGGAUGAUUGAGCUGAUCGAGGAAGUCGGAUAUUGCUGAGCAGACAAGAGGACAUUUUUUGACAACAGCUCUCUGAAGAGUGAAGCAUCAAAGCAAAGAUGGAGUCCAAAGUGACGAAGAAAGGGGACGGGGUAAAUGAGGAAUUCCUUGAAAACAUCGCUGCACAUGCUGACACCAACAGCCCCUCUGAGGUCACCACAAGUACAGACCUGCACACACUGACAUCAUCAGUCCCAAUGAGGUCACUGCAAGCUCUGAUAUCACUUAUUGAGACCUCACUGCGUGUGCUGACAUCAUCACUCCCUGUGAUGUCACUGCGGACACUGAUAUCACAGCUGAUGGCAUCACCAUCUCCGAUGACAUCACCACACAUGCUUACAUCACUCCGCAUACGAUCACUGCGCGUGCUGACAUCAUCUAGCCCUAUGAAGUCACUGCGCCUGCUGGCAUCAUCACCUUUGGCUAAGUCACCAGACACCCAGACACCUUCGUUCCCCAUGAGGUCUCUGCAGAUACUGACAGCAUCCACCCCUAUGAAGUCACUUUUUGGGCUGGCAUCAUCGCUUCAUAUGAAGUCACUGUAUGGAAUGGCAUCAUCGCCUCAUGUAAAGUCGACGAAUAGCCAGACACCAUCGUUCCCUGUGAGGUCUCUGCAGGCACUGACAUCAUUACGCCCCAUGAAGUCACUGCGUGUGCUGACAUCAUCGCACCCCACAUCAACACCAUUUCCUGUCUGGUCACUGCGCAUGCUGACACCGUCAUUUCCUGCGAAGUCUCUGCGUGCGCUAACAUCAUCACUCUGAUAUCAUUGCAGGUCUGACAGCUUCCCAUUCUAAUUGUUACUGUAGAGAAUGUUCACCUCCAUCCAGUAUGGAUCCUACACCUGAUCAUUUCUCUGAAACUAGGCAAUAAAGUAA